AGGUUUAUCUACGCUUUUUCCCACUUCUCUAUAAUAUUCUACUUUUCUUGAAUCUUUUCAAUAAUUGAUAAUAAAGCAAAUUUUGCAGGAUAGAAGAGAAGUAUUUGUUUUGAGUUAAGCUUUUAUAGACUUUGUUUCUUUACCCAAUAAUAUAGGAUGCAUAUUACUCCAUUUACAUCAAAAACAUUUUUUCUUCAUUUAUGGAAAUCAUUAACCAUAUUUUUAGCAUUUUCACUCUUAUUCAUGGCAGAGAAAAAUCUAAACUCCAAAAAAAUUCAUCAUGAUUUAUAUCAUUAUAGCACCAAAUCUAGUUAGUUCAAUAUCUUUUCCAUUUCAUAAACAUAGAUUAAAAAAUCUCUCAGGAAAGUUCAAAAAGAGAUUUAUGCACUAAAUUUAUAAACAAAGAUUUUGGGUUUACAUGGUUGUUUUUGGGUGUAUUCUUAGCUUAAAGAGAUCAUUUACUUCUCAUUUUAACAUGAUUAAGUUUUGUGCCAUUUUUUCUAGCUUUUUUUGCUGUAUUUAUGGGUAUAAUUUCCCUACAUGAUGUUAUUUUUUCCAGAAAAAUAAGUUCUUUUAAAGUUAUACUUGAUGUUCUAUUGUUUCCAGGAGCUGUUUUGCUUCUUUUAUGUGUUUUCAAUCAACAUACAAAUGAGAUGGAAUCAGAACAAAAUGAUUGUUUUCUGGGUUCUUAUGUACCUUUGCUGGAUCAUGAAGAUGUUCAUGUUAAGGUCGAAAAUCGAAGUUUAUUUUCGAAAGCCGGGUUUUUUAGUAGAAUGUCGUUUUGGUGGUUGAAUUCAUUGAUGCAAAAAGGUAAGGAGAAGAUCCUUGAGGAUGAUGAUAUUCCAAAACUAAGGUCUUCUGAUCAAGCGGAAACAUGCUACCGCGAUUUCAUGGGGAUUCUUAAUAAAAGAAAAGAGAAAGGAUCAAGUUCCAUUCUUUAUGCCAUAUUUUUUUGGCAAUGGAAAGGAAUUAUAACUUCUGGGUUUUUUGCAUUAAUUAAGAUACUUACACUUUCUGCUGGGCCCCUUUUUUUGAAAGCAUAUAUUGACAUAGCUGAAGGGAAAUCUGCCUUCAAGUAUGAAGGCUAUGCAAUCACAUUUCUGCUGUUUUUCACAAAGUGUUUAGAAUCGUUGUCAGAGAGGCAAUGGUGUUUUAGGACUAGAUUGAUAGGACUUCAAAUAAGAUCAAUGCUAUCCGCAGCAAUUUACUCGAAACAAUUUAGACUCUCGAGUGAUUCUAAAAUGAGCCACAGUCCUGGCGAGAUAGUAAACUAUGUCACAGUUGAUGCUUACAGAAUUGGUGAAUUCCCUUUCUGGUUUCAUCAAAUGUGGACUGUUUUUCUCCAAACGUGCAUUGCUUUAGCCAUCAUUUACUUCUGUAUUGGGAUUGCCACAAUUUCCGCAUUACUGAUUGUUUUUGUGGCGGUUCUUGGAAACGCUCCUUUGGGUAGAUUGCAGCACAAAUACCAAACCGAGCUCAUGCUCGCGCAGGACAAAAGACUCAGGGCUAUAACCGAGUCCUUAAUGACAAUGAAGGUGUUGAAAGUCUAUGCUUGGGAGACCCAUUUCAAGAAAGGUAUCGAAAACUUAAGGGAUAUAGAAUUUAGGUGGCUGGUAGCUGUUCUUCUGCAGAAAGGAUAUUACAUGAUUCUAUUCUGGUCAUUUCCAAUUUUGAUGUCAAUCACAACCUUUGGGGCAUGUUGUUUGUUUGGGAUUCCUUUAGAUGCCGGUAAUGUUUUUACAUUUCUAGCUACUUUGAGGAUUGUUCAGGAGCCGGUGAGGUUGUUUCCUGAUGUUGCUGGUGCGUUUAUACAAGCGAGUGUGUCAUUAGACAGAAUCGUAAGGUUUCUGGAUGCACCCGAGCUGCAGGAUCAACAUAUCAAGCAAAAGAAGAAAGGGGGGGAGUUGGAGAAGUGUUUAGAUAUUAGAACCGCAGAAAUUUCGUGGGGUCGGUCUUUGAGACCGACCCUGAGAAAUGUCAAUUUAAGUGUCAAACCUGCAGAGAAGGUAGCAAUCUGCGGUGAGGUUGGAGCCGGUAAAUCCACACUUUUGGCAGCUAUUCUUGGUGAAGUUCCAAACGUCAAUGGCACUGUGGAAGUUUAUGGAAAGCUUGCCUAUGUCUCUCAAACAGCAUGGAUUCAAACUGGGACUAUAAGAGAUAAUAUUCUGUUUGGUUCUUCUAUGGAUGAUCAAAGAUAUCAAGACACACUUAAUAGAUGUUCAUUGCUAAAUGACAUUGAAAUGCUUCCAUUUGGUGAUCUUACAGUAAUUGGAGAAAGAGGGGUUAACCUUAGCGGUGGACAGAAGCAGCGAGUUCAGUUAGCACGAGCCUUGUAUCAGGAUGCCGAUAUUUACCUUUUGGACGAUCCAUUCAGUGCUGUUGACGCUCAUACGGCAACUAGUCUAUUCAAUGAAUAUGUCAUGGGAGCUUUGACAGGAAAAACUGUCCUACUAGUCACUCACCAAGUUGAUUUCCUUCCUGCGGCUGACAGUGUCUUGCUCAUGGUCGAAGGUCAGAUUAUAAAGCGGGGCACCUACAAUCAGUUGAUGGGUUCAAGCCUUGUAUUCCAAAAUCUUGUCGAUGCGCAUAACAACUUGAUUCAGUCCGACAAAUCGAAACAGGAAACAUUCCCACCAAGUAAAAGUACUAAAAUAGAGGAAAGUAUUAGUCUUUUCGAUAAGAACAACCCUUUUUUAGGUGAUCAAUUGAUUCAGGAGGAAGAACGGGAAACAGGAGACAACGGUUUGAAGCCUUAUUUACAAUACCUAAGUCAUGGAAGAGGUUUUUUGUACUCAUCCCUAGCAGUCUUAGCCCAUAUCUUAUUCCUGCUUGGCCAAUCUAUACAAAGUUAUUGGCUGGCUUUUAAUGUUCAAAACUCUGGUGUUAGUGAGCAGAAACUUGUCACGGUUUACUCGAUUAUAGGAUGUAGUGUGGCUGUUUUCUUGUUUAUAAGAUCGUUUUCUAUUGUUUCUCUCGGUCUUAGUGCUUCAAGAUCAAUAUUUUCGACACUACUGAACUCUCUUUUCCGAGCACCAAUUUCCUUCUUUGAUGCCACCCCUCUAGGGAGGAUACUUAGUCGAGUAUCUUCCGAUAUAAGUAUUAUCGACUUGGAUGUAGCCAUGAUGAUAAGCAUGACUCUGGCUUCUACAUUAACUGCUUUCUUUAGUUUCGGAAUUCUGGCUGUCGUUACUUGGCAAGUUUUGCUUGUCAUUGUGCCUAUGGUUUAUCUGACUAUAGUCUUACAGCAAUACUAUUUCGCAUCAGCAAAAGAACUGAUGCGAAUUAAUGGAACUACAAAGUCCACAGUAGCAAGCACUCUUGCUGAGGCAAUUUCAGGAGCCACCACUAUUCGAGCUUUCGGCAAGGAAGAUCAGUAUUUCUCCAAUGCUGUUAAGCUCAUAAACAACAAUGCUAGUCCUUUCUUCCACAGUUUUUCUUCCAAUGAAUGGUUGAUACAACGCCUAGAGAUGCUAUGUGCAGUUAUUCUCUCAUGUUCCGCUCUCGCCCUCACAUUGCUUCCAUUCAGCAAAGACAACUCUGGAUUUAUUGGGAUGGCACUUUCCUAUGGCCUGUCCUUAAAUAUCUACCUAGUCAGCUCUGUUCAAAACCAGUGCAUGCUUGCAAACAUGAUAGUUUCAGCCGAAAGGCUAGAUCAAUACAUGCACAUACCCGAAGAAGCCUGUGAAGUUGUCGAAGACAACAGACCCGCACCUAACUGGCCCGACAUAGGAACAAUAGAGAUUUCCAACUUGAAGGUUAAGUAUAGAUCCAAUGCUCCACUAGUUCUGCAAGGGAUCAGUUGUAUCUUUGAAGGAGGGAGCAAAAUCGGGAUUGUAGGGAGGACCGGUGGUGGGAAAACAACCCUUAUAAGCGCUUUAUUCCGUUUGGUUGAGUUUACGGAGGGAAAGAUUGUCAUAGAUGGCAUAGAUAUUUCUACCAUUGGGCUUCACGAUCUUAGGUCGCACCUUGGCAUCAUUCCUCAAGAGGCCACACUUUUUUGUGGCUCAGUACGUCACAAUCUAGACCCCUUGUUGCAGCAUUCAGAUACGGAGAUCUGGCAGGUUCUUGAGAAAUGCCAGCUCCGAGAAGCAGUUGAGGAGAAAGAAGGCGGUCUUGACUCCUCAGUUCUACAGGAUGGCUCGAAUUGGAGCAUGGGACAACGACAAUUAUUCUGCUUAGGACGAGCAUUACUUAAGAGGAGGAAGAUACUAAUUCUAGACGAAGCGACGGCCUCCGUCGACAACACCACUGAUGCUAGUCUCCAGAAAAUUAUUAGAACAGAAUUCGAAGACUGUACAGUCGUCACAGUUGCACAUAGAAUACCAACUGUCAUCGACUGCACGAAGGUUCUAGCCAUUAGUGAUGGCAAAGUAGCAGAGUUUGACGAGCCCAGAAAGCUUAUAAACAAGGAGGAUUCAUUGUUUGGAAAACUUGUCCGAGAAUAUUGGUCAUACUCUGAAAAUGCCAUUACUUACAAAGAUCAGCUCUUGUGAGUUGUGAGCCCUUAAAGUCAUAUCUUUGAAACAUAACGUUUGAAUCAACUCCCAAGCCUCCCCCUUCACCUUUGGGGUGAGAAGUCUAAGCAAAAUUGGUAGGGCUAUGGGUGUUCCCCUAUAUGCGGAUGAAUGAACGACUAAAUAAGUUACGAGUCUCCUUUGCUAGAUUGAAAGUGGAAAUUGAUUUCACUCGUCUCCCUUGAGAUGUUGCCCAUAAAUGGUUAAAUGAUCCAACUAAUGUAAAUAUUAGCAUAUAAGCUUCUUAUUUUGAGCUUGUUUCACCGAGACGCUUGUAGGUUCUUAUUCAUAUUGAGUUCCAUAAUAGGAAAUGCGUGCCAAGGUUUUGUAUCAAGUGACUGCCAAAGAUUUGUAAUCAACAUUUAAUGUUGGUUAUAGGUGUGAAGAGAAGAAGGCUCCUCCCCGUCAACCCCUCUAAUGGGUGCCUAAAAAAGGUCCCCGGUUCCAUAUGUUGCAAAAUCGCCCUCUGAAAGUUCAGUACAACCACAACCCUAAUAGAGAUGUCGCAUGUUAGGACUAUGAUUCUUGACCCCUCGGAUGAAGAAGUAAAGAAAUUUGAAGUUUCGCAAAUCCUUCCAAAUGAUUGAUAGUUGUUGGUGUCAUCCUUGGUUUUCUUUUGAUUAAGCUGAUCACAACAAAUGUGUAGGGCAAAUAACUAAAAAUCCAACAAGCAUAGUGCAAAAAGUGAGAAUGUGGGGAAAAAAUCCUGCACUAUCUCGCAUCAAAUGGACAAUAGAC